AUGUUCUUUAAUACAAAGAAUCUACCAUGUUUGAAGACAUUCCAACAACAGAUUCUAAGGAAUCACCUAAAGUCAUUCAAUUCAAUAAUCUACAAGUCAAUUGAGAAGGCGCCCAUUGACAUGCUGUACCUAUCGUACGAUGACUUUCCACAUCACUACACCACAUCAUAUGGCUUGAUCGAGAAACAAAAGGCCGCCAACCAGCCCUUGGACCUGUCUUCCAUCCCACUGAACGUCGGAUCGCUCACCUUUGGCAACCUCUACAAAGAGCCGUUGCUGCCUCACACAAUCCCCUCGACAAUAACCAUACUUAACCUUGGCAAUGGGUUCAGCAACCUAUUGUUCCCAGGAACUAUCCCAACUACGGUCACAAGUCUGGACCUGGGCAACAAGUUCAAUCACCCUUUGGUCCCAGGCUCAAUCCCCGCCUCAGUUCGUCAACUAAGAUUUGGUACAUCGUAUGAUAAGCAGUUGCCUCCAGGUUGGAUACCGUCAUCUGUUGAGGACCUCGAGCUAUCGUCCCCAAAGACACACCAACUGGAGGUCGGAUCAAUCCCAUCUUCAGUGCGCCUUCUCAAACUAUCCUACGUCCACACACUCACACCUGGAAUCAUUCCAAAGUCGUCGUCCAUCGAGCGACUAACUUUGAUGAACUAUAACAAACCGAUUGUAGAAGAUGCCCUGCCUGAGGGCAUCAAGUACAUCGACUUUGGCAUCAACUUUAGCAAUGUGAUUACACUGGGCGCAUUGCCAAUGUCACUGACCGAGAUGGUCUACUCCCACACAUACACACCUCUGGACGUUGAGGCGCUUCCUCCCUCACUCACGCGUCUCACUCUUAACGUCCAUCCACAGAUACAUACACCAUUCCCCAACACAAUCACUCAUUUGGUGCUCAACUAUCAUUCGGUUGGCUCAACAUUGGAGUUUAUACCAGACUCUGUCACGCACCUAACGCUUGGCAACCGAUUCAAUGUUGCCCUCUACACUAAUGAUGACCCUAAACCUGGCUUCAUCGAACGCUUCUUCUGGGGCAAAGGGGAGCAGGAUGAUAAGAACAUCACAUCCAAUCUACCUCCACAUCUCGAGUCCCUCAUACUUGGAGAAAUGUAUGACCAGCCAAUCCCUCGCGGCGUGUUGCCUCAAUCGCUACGAAAGUUAGUGCUUGGAAGAGACUUUAAUCAGAUAUUGACACAAGGUGCCCUUCCCGAUGCCCUGACCCAUAUUACGCUUGGACCAAAGAUGGCGCGAACAGACGUGUACUUCCCGCCUGCCCUCACGCAUAUAUCCUUCCCCAUGGGCACACCGAUCAAGAUGGCCGAGAUGCCUUUGAAUGUCAAACACUUGGAGAUACUCAUUGGUCACAACUUGACCAAGGUUCUACGAGUCGAGCCGUCCUACUCACUAACACUGUGCGAGUCACUCUAUGCUGGUGGCUUUGUCUCCAACUCAAUGCUGGACAGAUUAAUCGAGACAUCGCUCAACAUUCACAUGCACAUCGAGUCAUUGUUCCAGUCCCGAGUUUACAUUCAUUGA